CCAUUUCAUAGAGGACACGAAGAAGACCAAGUAUCCCUGCCUGCAGUCGGACGAGCCGCGCCCCGCUGUCGGACCUACAACUUCAAACACUUUUUUCUUUUCUCUUCACCUGGGUGAAAUACUUUGUUUCCCGCUGCGAGUAUGAGUGUGGCGGUGGCGGUGGCGGAGGGCUGUUUUCUAUCCGCCCUGCAGCCCAACUCUUCCUGCACCGCUUAUGUGGUUCCCUCGGGCGGCCCGUGUCCGGACCCCGUCGCUAAAGCCAGGAGAGUCCAGGAGCAGGUCCGGAUGCGGCUGGCUGAGAAGAAGUCAUCCUCCCUGCCCAGACUGGACGACUCGCUGGUCGGAUCAACAGGUGAGCCACAUCCCGUUGAGAUGGUUGGCUUCAAAUUCGCCCCCGGUGCUUUGUCCAAGACAUUAGCAGAUUACAGCCUUCCUGCAGGAAAGACCUUCAGCCAUGGUUUCAGUUCCAGAUCCAUGAUACACACACCCAGCCGCGUCAUGGCUGUUCCCACGGUGCCCCUCCACUCCUCUGGUUUCUCCUCUCGCUCUGCUGCGGAAACAAGUUCAAAGGUGAACCACAAAGGAACCAGCAUGGUACAGAGCAACUUCCAGACCUACCAGUCACAGAGCAGAAGCAGGCGCUCUAAGUCACUGUGCCAAGGUGACCAGGAGGGGAUUCCACUCACUGUGUUGGAUGCUCCAGAGAAUACCUCCUACCAAAUCAAUGUGCCUCCCCCAGGCACCCUUAGGCGCAGCCUUAGUGGGAUACUGGCCCAGGAAAGAGGCCACUGGCAGGAAGAGCUGCCGUGUCAGUACACAUACAAAGGCCCCUCCCACCGCACCAUUAGCCGCAUCACUAACAGGCAGCAGCACUACCAGCAGCAGGGCUCUGCCUUUGAGAGGGAGGGCUGGCUGGGGACGGGCAGGAGCGUCCCCAUGGCAGGGGACGGCUGGGGGACACAGUGGCAGCAGCAUGUGUCCAGGGCCAACCAUGCAAUGGGGGCGGGGCAGUACCAAGCCUCCCUCCACCGGGCUGCCUCACUCCGCAGUGUGAGGAGUGUUGGGAAAGGGGUGGAUGUCUUGGAUGGAGCAUCGAUACACAGCAAUGACCCACUGGGAGAGAUGCACGGUCUGGACAUGGCUACAGCUGUCAGAUAUCUUUCUGAAUCAGACACUGCCUUGCAAGUUCUGGGGGCUGCAUACAUACAACACCAAUGUUACCAUAGCAACGAUGCCAAAAACCAGGUCCGUACGCUGCACGGUGUUCCAGCUCUGGUUCAGCUCUUCACCAGUGACAACCGAGAGGUGCAGCGUUAUGCCACCGGCGCCACGCGGAACCUCAUCUACGAGAACAGUGACAACAAGGUGGCGCUCAUCAAUGCCGGUGGAGUGACGUCUCUCGUCAGCAUCCUGAGCGAACCGGACGAGGAGCUUCGAAAGACCAUCACAGGUGUCCUGUGGAAUCUGUCCUCCAGAGACAACCUGAAGGAGAAGUUGUCCAAAGAAGCUUUACCAGAGCUGACAGAAAAAGUACUGAUUCCUCUGUGCAACAGCAUCCCACUGAACCCAUCUGAGAGGGAGAUCUUCUACAACACCACCGGCUGCCUCAGGAACUUGAGCUCAGUGAAUGAGAGGACGAGACAGAAGAUGAGAGACAUGCGAGGCCUGGUGGACUCUCUGGUGUCCUACAUUGAACAAGAGGAGAAGGCUGAUGACAAGGGUUUGGAGAAUUCAUUGUGUGUGAUGAGGAAUCUGUCCUACCAGCUCUACACAGAGCUUCCUCCCUCAGUCCGACUCCGUCUGGAGGGACAAACGAGAGCUUCCGCCUCCAGGGACAACACGACCAUCGACUGCUUUACUCUUUACAGCAAAAAAAACACUGAGCGUAACCAGAACCUGUCCAUACUGUCUGAGGUGUCCCGACAACCUAAAGGGUCUGAGUGGCUUUGGCACCCUAAGGUGGUGGCGCUGUACAAGCUUGUUCUAGAAAACAGGGACAUCAGCUCCACUAGCCGCGAGGCUGCUAUAGGAGCGCUGCAGAAUAUCACCACAGGAGACGCCAGGUGGUCAUCAGUAAUGAGUGGUGUAGUGAUGGAGCAAGAGCGGAUGCUGCCCAUCCUGCUGGAUCUGUUAGACACCAACAGUGACAUGGAGCUGAGGUCUUUGACCGGCCUGCUGAGAAAUCUGGCCAGACACUCCAACAACAAAGACCACACGGCAAAGAACAUGGUGAACGUUCUGGUGUCCAAGCUUCCGAGCGAUGGUCUUCAGAAAACACCAUCCAGCGAGGUGGUGGUCAACAUCUGUGGAGCCCUCAAUCACCUGGUCACCUGCAGCUCCAUAGCCGCACGUGACAUCUCGUACUUCAACGGCCUGCCCAAACUGGUCGGCAUAAAGUCAUUCCAUGAUAGCAGCUCUGGGAGUCUGAAAGCUUCCAGAGCAGCCUCAACUGUCCUCUGCAACAUGUUCCAGUACAACAAGCUGCACAAAGACUACAAACUGAAAGGAUUUGCCAGACGAGACUUCACAGACGCCACCAUCUAAACAUGUGACAUGAUUCUUCCUGAGUUUCUGACCUCUGGAUCAAAGCUGUUGUGAGGAAGAGAGGAGGAACAACAAAAGGUUUUAAUGAGCAGAUUAUCUCACAGUGAUCGACUUAAGGAAUGGGAAAAAUGGACUGGAUAAACUGGAGUGAUGGACUUUGAGUUUGCCCUCUUGUAGGUGGUUGUUAACUUGGCUUAGUUUGCAGAAGAUUGACUGUCAUGACGGGAACUUGAUGGUUUCCACAAAUCAAAGUGGCUUCACCCCCAAAAUUACCGUAUACUGUGUGUGUGUGUGUGUGUGUGUAUUAGGGUUUGACUGAUAUGGGUGUUUGCUAGCACUGACUCCAUUUGUUUUGGACUGAUGUUGCUGAUAUAUAAUGGUACACACACACACACACACAUUAACUCAACAUCUAGUCAGUGUGUGGAGUGUGGGUGAAGCAGUGUGGACAAAAGUGGAGAGGGUAGGUGGAAAAAAAUGAGAUAAAGAGAAACAGUGGAGCAGAGAGAGCAAAGUCAAACACACUUUCAGGGCCCUCUGCACAUUGCAUCAUCUCAAGUUCAUUCUGUUUUAAAAACGAAGGAAUUAAGCAAUCAUGCUAUAUAGAAAAGUAUGGAAAUAUAGAAACUAAAGUCUUUUCUGUCAGGUGGAAGAACCUGAGCUUCUUGGUGAUCAACAGAUGUUCUGAGGAAACGCCAGGUGCAAAACAAAGACCUCAAACCUGCACCAUAACUGUACAUAUUAUUUCUUCUUCACAUAGACUUAAUUAGUGCAUUGACUAACUCUUGAGAAUGAAGAUUCUUUGCUUUUUUUUUUGGAUGUUUUAUGAAGAGGUAUUUGUGUGUAUUAUUAAAACAGUAAACAGAAAAAAUAUAUUUACACAAAACAGUAACAGUGUUCGCCGUCUGUUAUAAAUGUGUAGAGAUUAGCCUGGAUGUUAGAGUCCCAGUUGUGCCCUGACUUUGAUGAUGAUCAGGUCAAAAUUUGAAUUUGGUUUGGUUUAUGACCAAACACCUGAAAAACGAAUGACAUUUCCAUCAGACUAGAGGUGUAUGAACAAAUAUUUAUCGAUGAAUUUUCAAAGUGAACUGACUAUACUGACUCACCAUUGUCAGUGAGCGAAUCAGCAGCUUUUAGCAGUGGAGCUGGUGACUUGCAACACUGUUUGUACAGUAGGUCAGAAAUAAUAGGCUGGCGAGCAAUUAACCUUAUGUACAGUGCUGCACUGUAUAGACUAGUUUUGUACUGAAAUGAAUGUGACAGUUUGCACUAGUAACAGACUGAACAUGUUACUGUAGACAGUCGGAAUUCACGCUGAACAUCAGCCCGUGUGAAUGUCAUUGCUUUGUAUCUACUGAAGUGCCUUACCUUACCUUGCCUUAGAGAGAAAAUCAAACAACCUACAUAGAAAUGUCAUUCCUAAUUUCCACCGUUGUGGGACCGCGCUGAUUAGCAAAUCUUAGCAUACUUACAUGCUAAGAUGAUUAAUACGGACGGUAAACAUUAUCUGCUAAAUAUUAGCAUGUUGGAAUUGUUAUUGUAAGCACGUUUACAUGCUAACUUUAGCAUUUAGCUCAAGGCACCACUGUACUUACUGUAAGGCCUCAGAGUUGACAGCUGAUGGCUGUUUGUAGGUAAAAUUAUCUAUCUUAGAUAUUAACCAUCAAACACAUGGUUUAACCAUUUACAUUCAGUGUGUACAAAUGAGCUCUUAGAGGGGUAGAGUUGCAGUUAGGUUUUAAUCUACAUCGAAUCUAACACAGUAUUAACCAAUACACAGCAACGAAAAAGGAUCUGGAAUUUCCAAUGAGGUGACUCAUGACCUUGAAAACUAUACUGUAUGUGCAGUGGUAUGGGUUUAAAGAUGGUAAAAAUUGUGUUAUUUAAAAAAAAAAAAAAAAAAAACACACACACUUCUACUCUGCCCCAUAUAAUCAGUCCAGUCAAAAAAAAAACUUGAUUAAAAAGGAGAAGCCUCAAAAUAAUUUCUGAACUGUGAUGGGUGAAUGACUCAAAGAGUAAACAGGGGGAUUUCUGCGGAUGGGUGUGUGGGAGAGAGUUGCCGUCAGACUUGGAUUUUAUCUGACAGGAUACUGCAGAUUCCACAGAAGCUCCACAGCAUUUAAAUGGAAGGGAGGACAGGAGGAGGGGAGAAGGGAGGGGCUCAGCCAGACCUGGUUCUGCAGUGGGAAAAACACAGGAGAAGGGCUUCAACAUAACCUGAAACAGAAAAUGAGUAAAUAUUAUCCACAUCCAUUAUGCUGCUGGAAGUUAUUUUCAUGAACCUUUACAUCCAUUCUCUUCCUUCAGUUUGUCAAGCAGGUUAAGCUGCACCAAUGAGGACAGGAAGUUAGAUCAGACAGACCAGCAUCAUUUAUGGAGUACGCAGUUGUUUUAAAUGUGCUUUUUGUUAUUUUGGCUCAUAAAUUGUUUCCCUUGUUCUGUAAUUUUGUAGUCCACAUAUGCCAGCAAGUUUACUGCUCAUAUGCUGUUGUUACUCUACACAAGGCUAUCUCCUUACUUAGGUUUUGAUACUUUGAGAAAAUAACCAAUUAGAUUUCCAAAACAGUGUCAGUUAUUCCAGAUAGUGUAUUUUCGGAAAUUUGCUCCUAAAAUGUUGAGACUGGAGGUCAUCUCAGCAGCUUGUACUCCAGCUCCCAAGUAGACUGGCCUGUUUAUGUGCACCUUCGUCCUGGGAAGAGGAGUCUUAUUUCAACAAAGCCCUUUGGUGAUUUACUGCUGGCUCUGCUGUCUAGUAUUUUAAUGUAUCUUCCCCUUCCCUUGUGGAAGAUAAACUUUGGUCUCAGAGUUGAAAUAUAAUAGUUGUUGUUGUCAGUUUGUCUGGAGGUAAAGGUGAAAACAUAAUAAAUACAUGUUUUAUUUGACAGUUGAACAACAGUGUUGUUGUACCUCUAUGGAUCUUGGGGCUCUUAUAUGUUCAGAUACUAGAGAGGUCCUGAGCUGAUCUUAAGGAUCAGUAUUGGUGCUGAUCCAGGCAUAGGUUAAUGGAUCAGUAUCAGCUAAAGUACCACAGCUCUAAAUCCAGUCCUGUCAUUACUGUACUCUGUGUUUUGUCCACCUCAGCCUUCUAGUGUUACAGCUCAUGUUUUUUAAGAUGCUCUAAUCAAAAUCUAAAGGGUUAAUUAAUCACAUGAAAAAUCAAAGUGACCUUUAAAAACCAAAACUAUGAUUAAAUGAAUAAAAUUUUUUGUGAAUGAAUAAAAACGAUAAUGUGAAAGA